AAACGAUUCAAUAAUAAGAGGGAAAGAAAGGACCGAAAGAUUAGAAUUCUGAGAUCCGAGAAAAAUAAAGGCAGAGUGAGUGAGUGUGUGGCUGUGCCAGUCCGUCUGUUCAGAAAAAGGCUCCUCCGCCUCAGGUCCUGGUGGCUAACUUCACAACUGCCGUCGUGUCACUCCUCCACGUAUACAAAAGAAAAUAAAGACAGCUUUUGCUCUAUCCAAGACAUAGGCAGACUUCCCUUAGAUUCCUCGUCCCGAUCUCCAACUCCUCAGAAUUUCGUCAUUUCCUAUGACUUUGUCUAACUGUCUAUAACCACAUGCAUGAAUUUGCCUGUCUCACUUUCUUUUAAUUCCAAACCGAAAUCGCUAAUCAGAUCUCGGGCGUGAUCAAGAUGUCAUUUAAGGGAAAGUUAAAGGAGAUUAGAGAUGACAUUUCUACCACAUUUUCGAUGGGAAAGUUACAGAGGAGCAGAACAAAUCGAAGAGGGAGAGCUUAUAUUGCGCCUGAAUUAGGAGGUGGGUCUGAGUUGUUCAGCGAGUUGAUUGAAGAACAGAGUCCGUGGGCUAAUUUGCCGCCUGAAUUGCUACAUGAUGUGAUUCAGAGAGUUGAAGGCAGUGAAACUUCAUGGCCUGGAAGAAGAGAUGUUGUUGCUUGCGCUUCAGUUUGUACGUCUUGGAGAGAGAUUACUAAAGCUGUUGUUAAGACCCCAGAACAGUGUGGUUGCAUUACUUUUCCUAUCUCACUAAAGCAGCCGGGGCCGAGAGAUGCUCCAAUUCAAUGCUUUAUUAAGAGGGAAAGGGCCACUUCUACUUAUCUUUUGUAUCUGGGUCUCAGUCCUGCUUUGUCUGGUGAUAUGAAUAAAGUGUUAUUAGCAGCAAAGAAGAUUAGGAAGGCUACAAGCACAGAUUUUCGGAUAUCAUUUGCUGGAAGUGAUUUCUGUCAAACCAGCAAUACCUAUGUUGGAAAACUGAGGUCUAAUUUCUUGGGAACCAAAUUCACCAUUUACGACAGUCAGACUCCAUGUCCUGCAAUGAAAUCCAAUUGUAAGCCGCAGCGUAAAGUUCGUUCCAUCCAAGUGUCUCCAGGGGUUGCUGCUAGAAAUUAUAAUGUGGCCACCGUUUCUUAUGAGCUUAAUGUCCUUCGUACCAGAGGUCCAAGGAGAAUGCAUUGCACCAUUCACUCGAUCCCUAUUUCUGCUAUUCAAGAAGGGGGAAUAGCUCCUACUCCAUCGGAAUUCAAUAAUCCUAGCAAGGAGCAAUCUUCUCCAUUGUCUGCUUCAAAGCUAAAGCAACCACCUAUUGAUUUCAGCUCGAAUAGCCUUGCUGAGUCAUCUGAAUCACUUUGCAGCAAAAAUGAUCCACUGAUUUUGAAAAAUAAAGCUCCUAGAUGGCAUGAGCAGUUGCAGUGUUGGUGUCUAAAUUUCAAAGGGCGUGUUACAGUGGCCUCUGUGAAGAAUUUCCAGCUGGUGGCAGCUGUGGAGCCUUGCCAAAAUGUUCCAGUAGAAGAGCAAGAAAAAGUCAUUCUGCAGUUUGGAAAGAUUGGGAAAGAUAUCUUCACCAUGGACUAUCGAUACCCCCUCUCUGCCUUCCAAGCUUUUGCAAUCUGCUUGAGUAGCUUUGACACUAAACCAGCUUGUGAAUGAUCAUUUUCUUUUGCCAUUUUGUGUCAUAUUCACAUUAUCCUUCCCUGAAAAUUUUGUUGUAUAUAUUCCCUUUAAAAGAAGCAUCUAGGAUUUGCACUUUAUCAUCAGCAUUAAUUUUAUGUAAACAGCAGCGGCCAUCGUGGUCUCUAUGUAAGUUGCAACAUUUGUUUAUCUGCAGAAAGGUAGUUCUGCAGCACCUCAAGUUUGUAACUUCACUUAUGGAAUUUUAUUUCACAUA